CCUUUCUUUCUCUCCACUUUCAUCUCCACCUUUCCUUCCUUACCCUUCCCUUUCCUUCUUCUCUCUGUAUGUUUUCUUAGCUCAAGUUCGCACAUGCCCUUUCUUCUCCUUAUUGUUUUUUUUAAAAAAUUUUUUUUUUACUAUUAUUCCUGAAUAGAGUGACACACAAGAACUCCAUCAUUACAUGUCCUUAACUCUCUAAUCUUGCUUCCUUUGUAUGUCCUAAAACAGAACACCCACCAUCAAGAGAUUUUCUUUUUCCCCAUUUUUCCAAGCAAAUUGCCACUACUUUCUUGAUUGUAUGUUCUGACUUCAAUUGUCCUUCUGGGUCCCAAACUUUUCUUAGAACCACCCUAAUUUUUCCUCUCUUGUUCAUUCUCAUGGAAAAGGAAAAGCUCUUUUUGAAUGAGGGAGCCAACAGCACAGCAGCAGUGCCCAUUUGGAAUCCUUGCAGUUUUGGAAUGGAAAUGCAAUCCAAUAAGCUUAAUUGUUGCUCAGACCAACUUCCCAAUUGCUUUUUCAAUCCCAAUUGGGACAGCUCAAUGGAUCAGAGCGAUCCCUUUGCGUCUGCUUUGAGCUCCAUUGUCUCUUCUCCUGUAACAACAUCAAAUGCCAUUCCUUCUAGUGGUGGUGUUGGUGACCCUGUUAUGAUUAGAGAACUCAUUGGAAGAUUAGGAAACAUUUGUAAUUCUGGGGAGAUUUCUUAUAUUAACAAUAACAGUAGUACUAAUACUUCAUGUUAUAGUACCCCUCUGAAUUCCCCUCCAAAACUGAAUAUUUCAAUCAUGGACUCACAGAUCAUAGGGAAUCUGCCAAUUCUUGGAAAUGGUAUUCCAGACCAUCAAAGUUUAGCACCAUUUCUUGCUGACCCUGGAUUUGCAGAGAGGGCUGCUAGGUAUUCCUGCUUUGGUAGCAGGAAUCUGGCAUCGAAUGAAUCUGAAUUGUCUCAUAGGUUGAUGCCUAGACUUGAACCAGAUAAGCUCCAGAGAGUUUCCAGUAAUCCCUCAGAGAAGGCCACUGGACGUCAGGCGAAUGUCAAUGUUGAUGGGAAUUCAAAUUCUGAUAAGAAAUUCAGUAGGUUGUCGAGGUCCUCAACUCCAGAGAAUGCAGAAUUUGGAGAUUCAAGAGACGAAUCUUCUGUUUCUGAGAAGAUCCCAGGUGGGAAAUUGAGCAUGAAAGGCCUGAAUGAUUCCAAUUCAAGGAAAAGGAAAGCAAUUCCCAAGGGAAAAGCCAAAGAAACUCCCUCUUCAUCUCUUUCUGCUUCUGAUUCCAAGGUUGUAGCAGAGAUGGAUGAAUCGAAGGCUAAAAGAAGCAAAUCAAAGGAAAUUAAUGGGGACGAAAAGGAUUCAACUAAGGCCAAUGAAGAAGAAAACUCAAACCAGAAACAGAAUAAGGAUAAUUCAAAGCCACCAGAGCCACUCAAGGACUAUAUCCAUGUCAGAGCCAGGAGGGGUCAGGCUACAGAUAGCCACAGCUUAGCUGAAAGAGUUCGGAGAGAGAAAAUCAGUGAAAGAAUGAAAUUCCUUCAAGAUCUUGUUCCUGGCUGCAGCAAGGUGACCGGGAAAGCAGUAAUGCUUGAUGAGAUUAUAAACUAUGUGCAGUCAUUGCAGCGGCAGGUUGAGUUUCUAUCAAUGAAGUUGGCAACUGUUAAUCCAAGAAUGGAUAUUAGCAUGGAAGCUCUUCUGUCCAAGGAUAUUUUUCAAUCUCGCGGAUCUCUGUCACAAAAUCUUUAUCCAUUGGAGAACUCAGCAGCACUAUCAUUCCCUUAUGGUUACCGGUCCCAGCAAGGGAUAGCCUUGCCUAAUGGCAUGUUUAGUAAUGGAGAAACUCAAUUCUCAACGAACCCUUUAAAUGCUGUUUUGAAGCGAAACCAAUGUAUGCAGUUGCCUGCACUUGAUGGAUUUGGAGAUGCACCACGUCAGGUUUCGACAUUCUGGGAAGAUGAUCUCCAGAGUGUUGUGCAGAUGGGAUUUGGACAGAAUCAGCUGCAGCAGCCGCAGGCCUUUCAUGCAGAUUCAAAUAUGCCUGGAGCUCAGAUGAAAGUUGAGCUAUGAUAAUUAUCGAUCAUUGAGGCCCUGGAGAGAGAGCCUUUGUAUAUAUAUCCAAGUUCUGGUUUGGAUUACUCUUUUAGAUUUGGAGGGGAAAAAAAUUAGACUUUUCCCAUUUAAUGUGUAUAUCUAUAUGUGAUUCAUCUAGCUAAUUCUUUGGAGAAGUACUUAUAAAAGAAUUACAUUGUAAAAUAUACAAAUGAUUGGAACCAGUGUUGUGACAUUUCUAGAAGAAAAGACCACAUUUCAAUUUGUAACAGGCCGGGGAUAGAAUUGUUGGAGGGUUGAGGGAAAUUAGAGAAUUGGAUUAUUAUUAUUAUUAUUAUUAUUAUUAUUAUUAUUAUUAUUA